AUGUCCCGGUUUUUAAUAAGAUUCACAAGGACAAGAGCUACAAAUAUCUCAUGUUUUGCUGAAGAUGGUUAUUCUGGCGUUGAUGUCCAUGCUGCUCCAUCACGUACAGAAAUUAUUUCUGCAACACAUGUUCAAAACGUAUUGGGUGAUAGGGGACGCCGUAUUCGUGAACUUACAUCUCUCAUCCAAAAGCGUUUUGACUUCAAAAAUAAGGAAGUUGAACUUUUUGUGGAGAAAGUAGCUCAACGUGGAUUGUGUGCUGUUACCCAAGCAGAACUUUUACGUUACAAAUUGAUUGGGGGUCUAACUGUCAGGAGUGCAUGCUUUAGUGUGUUGAGAUUCACCAUGGAAAGUGGAGCUAAGGGAUGCGAAGUCGUAGUGGCUGGUAAAAUAAAAGGUCAACGUGCCAAGUCGGUGAAAUUCGUUGAUGGACUUAUGAUUCACAGUGGUGGCCCAUGCAAUGAUUAUGUCACUGUAGCUACUAAACACGUUUUGUUAAGACAAGGAGUUUUGGGUAUCAAGGUAAAAAUUAUGUUGCCAUGGGACCUAUCAGGUAAACUUGGCUCAAAGAAGCCUUUGCCAAGGCUUAUUUAA